AUGUCACCGUUGGUGAUAAGCGUAUUGACAGGUAUAAUUUGGGGUGUGACGAAUGUCUUCAUGAAAUAUGCAAAGCCAAUAGCAUUACCAGUAUACUUUCUCCUAAAUCAACUCGGGUCUCUACUAUUUUUCUUUAACUUAAAGGAUGCCAGUCUUUCUAGUCAAGUUCCUUUAAGUAAUUCUCUGGCACUAAUUGUCGCCGCUAUUACUGCUCGUGUUUUCUAUAAGGAAUAUCUCAAUCUAACAAGUCAUCGCCACCGCUCCACUGGAGAUGCUGACGAUUCCGGUGAAAUUAACGAUAUAAUGGCCAAAGAUCACAAACCUCCAAUUUUUACUCAUCAACGGCAUUUAAUUCCACCAGCUGCUCUGGGUUACACUAUUAAAGGUUCCUUUAAAGAAAUCUUCACCAGUGUUGAUUUUUCAUGA